CCUUGCCUUCUCUGAUUUCCUAUCUGAAUUUAACAAUACUAAGCUCUUCCCUAAGCUUAGAGGAACACCUCUAUAACCUAUAAAAGGAGCAGUGUUCCGAGUAGUAGCCUCUACAGCAGUCUGUAGUUUAAUAAUCCCGUCUGUACCACCGUAGUCUGUAAGUCUUGGCAGCUGUAGUGAGGUGCGUCAAUUACUAAGUCAGUCCGUAGUACUAAAUAGGGCUACAGCCGUAAUUCAGUCCGUAAUGCCUAAUUAGGUAAAUUAUAAGGCUGAUCCUAAUCAAAAAUUUAUACUCUGUGCCAACACAACACUGUACGAUCGGCCUUCUUUUGCCUUGCCAUGGAUUCGUUACUAUACUCCGUACAGUACAUAUGGAUGUUUAGUGGCAGGAGUUGACCCUGGGGCGUUGAUGACUAGGCACCUACUAGACUCAUAGCACUCUGUUGUUCGCUCUGGCGUUAUGUAAUUUGUGGGAAGAAGAACAGAUGGUGGAUGGUCUAGUAUAGUACAUGGUAUUUACUGACAUGGUCGUCCGUCCGGUCCCCAUCCUCAAAUUCUACCAAGUAGAUAUUUCCUCGUUGAUCAAAUAGUUAUACACAGGUAACUCCCCCGUAUCGGAGUGUGGAGCCAACAUAUGUAUCAGUCAUGUGAUAAUUGUCACGUGAUACGACUUUACUGUUGGUUAUCUGAUCUCACAUGACUACUCAGACCUACCCUUGUCCGUAACGUCAUCGCCAACUCCACAGACAGGACUGAGAGCUCCACGACCACAGCUUCAAUCCACCCUCGAACAUCAAUCCUGCCGUCUUUGUCCAGUGGGCCAGAACAUCUCGCGUCUCCAGUACCCUACUCUCCAUGAACCGUGUCGACACCGCCAUACGCACGACACAGUCACACAGCUUGCAAUGACGACCCCGUCGCCAGCCUCAUACCAGGGCAGGCCCAGCGUGCGGGAGCGCGCGCGAACCCUCCUCGACCGUGUUAUCAGCCCCGGCGCCAGGCGCGCGGUAUACACCAACGUCCGCGCUUUCGCUCACGACCAGCCUCUCCUCGCUUCCUUCAUCCUCGCACACCUCCUCCUCUCCCUCCCGCUGCUCCUACUCUUCGCCUCUUUCAUCCUCGGUGUCGCGCUGCUCGCCGGGCUGGCCGCGUUAGCAUUCACACUCUUCUGGACGGGGCUGGCGCUACUGGUGUUGCUGCCUGUGCUGUGCGUGACGGGCGCGCUGGGGGUUGGGGUUUGGGUGUGGGCGGUGGCGACGUAUGGGGUUGCGCGGUGGGCGUGGAGGGUGUUGCCGGUUAGUGGAGGGGGGAGGGGGGAGGUUGGGAUGUCGGGGGGGAGGAGGGGAGUGGUGAUGAAGGGCGAGGGGGAGGGGGAGGGGGAGGGGGUGGAGGUGGAGGUGAAAAAUGGGGAGAAGGGGGAGUAG